GAGGAAGCCAUAUUCAUUAAUGCCGAGAACUCUCCGGCGGAAUCUCAAACCCUAAACCUAGUUAUCCGGCGAUCGAGAAGAACGCACGAUCUCCGACGGAGGUGAAGAUGACGGAGGAGGUGAAAUUCAACGUUCUGGUUUCUCUCUUCAACUGGAUUCAGAAGAGCAAGACCUCCGCUCAGAAACGGUCCAAGUUCCGCAAGUUCCUCGAUACCUACUGCAAACCUUCCGACUACUUCGCCGCCGUCCGACUCAUCCUUCCAUCUCUCGACCGCGAACGCGGAAGUUACGGCCUCAAGGAAUCCGUACUGGCCACGUGUCUCAUCGACGCGUUGGGCAUUUCCCGCGACUCACCGGAUGCUGUCCGCCUCGUCAACUGGCGGAAGGGCGGCACCGCCAAGGCUGGCGCCAACGCCGGUAACUUUGCCCUAAUCUCCUUCGAGGUGCUGCAACGUAGGCAAGGAAUGGCAUCGGGUGGAUUGACCAUCAUGGAACUGAAUGAUUCGCUUGAUCGUUUGGCUUCCAGCGAGAACAGAGCAGACAAAACUUCUGUUCUUUCCACUUUGAUUCAGAAGACAAAUGCGCAGGAAAUGAAGUGGAUCAUUAUGAUCAUCCUGAAAGGCAGGACUUUUUCAUGCAUGUUUUCAGAAUGUUUUACAUCCCUUUUUGGCCUAUUUCUUCCAGAGAUACAUGAGAAUUCGAUUUCUGUUGCUCACUGCUUUACAGAUUUGAAGUUGGGAAUGAGCGAGAAGAGCAUUUUUCAGGAGUUCCAUCCAGAUGCUGAGGACUUGUUUAAUGUCACAUGUGACUUGAAAUUAGUCUGCGAAAAGUUGAGGAAUCGGCAUCAGCGGCAUAAGCGCCAGGAUAUAGAAGUUGGGAAGGCUGUGCGGCCUCAGUUGGCUAUGCGUAUCAGUGAUGUAAAUGCUGCUUGGAAAAAGCUCCAUGGGAAAUCUGUGGUUGCUGAAUGCAAAUUUGAUGGAGAUCGCAUACAAAUACAUAAAAAUGGCACAGAGAUACAUUACUUCUCUAGGAACUUCCUUGACCAUUCUGAAUAUGCACAUGCAAUGUCAGAUCUUAUUGUACGAAAUAUUGAGGCUGACAAAUGUAUUCUUGAUGGCGAGAUGUUGGUCUGGGAUGCAUCUCUCAAUCGAUUUGCUGAGUUUGGUUCGAAUCAGGAAAUAGCCAAGGCAGCAAGGGAGGGCCUCGACAGCCACAGACAGUUAUGUUAUGUUGCCUUUGAUGUUCUUUAUGUCGGGGAUACCAGUGUCAUCCACCAGAGCUUGAAGGAACGACAUGAACUUCUGAGGAAAGUUGUUAAACCUUUAAAAGGCCGACUUGAAGUCUUAGUACCUGAUGGUGGUCUCAAUGCUCAUCGCCCUUCAGGGGAACCUUGUUGGUCCAUUAUUGCUCAUGCUGCAGAUGACGUUGAGAAAUUCUUCAAAGAAACUGUUGAAAACAGAGAUGAAGGAAUUGUGCUGAAAGACCUGGAUUCUAAAUGGGAACCCGGAGAUCGUAGUGGCAAGUGGUUAAAGUUGAAGCCUGAGUAUAUUCGGGCUGGUGCUGACCUAGAUGUUCUUAUUAUAGGGGGCUAUUAUGGCUCUGGACGUCGUGGAGGGGAGGUAGCACAGUUUCUGGUGGCCUUAGCUGAACGACCAGAGGCAAAUGUAUUUCCCAGGCGAUUUAUUUCCUUUUGCAGAGUUGGCACUGGACUUUCUGAUGAUGAGCUUGGCUCUGUUGUGAGCAAAUUGAAGCCUUAUUUCAGGAAAAAUGAAUACCCAAAGAAAGUGCCUCCGAGCUUUUAUCAAGUCACAAAUCAUUCAAAAGAGAGACCAGAUGUUUGGAUUGAAAGCCCUGAGAAAUCAAUAAUACUUUCAGUCACUAGUGAUAUCAGGACAAUAAGAUCUGAGGUGUUUGCUGCACCUUACAGCCUGAGAUUUCCUCGUAUCGACAGAGUAAGAUAUGACAAGCCUUGGCAUGAAUGUCUUGAUGUACAGUCUUUUGUGGUGUUGGUAAAUUCAAGUAAUGGUACAACACAAAAACAGAAGGAUUCUGAAAGCACACAGGAUAAACAGAAAGUCAAUAAAUCUUCCAGGAGGGAGAAAAAGAAUGUCCCUCUUGUCCCCUCUCAGUUUAUACAAACUGAUGUUUCUGAUAUCAAGGGCAAGAGCUCAAUCUUCUCAAAUAUGGUAUUUUAUUUUGUUAAUGUGCCUUCAUCCUAUUCUCUUGAUGCAUUGCACAAAAUGGUGGUUGAGAAUGGAGGAAAGUUUUCAAUGAAUUUAAACAACUCAGUGACUCAUUGCAUUGCAGCUGAAAGCAGUGGAAUAAAAUAUCAGGCAGCAAAGCGUCAACGAGAUGUUAUCCAUCUUUCAUGGUUGUUAGAUUCUUGUUCAUGGAAUAAGCUGCUUCCUUUGCAGCCAAGGUACUUCCUCCACCUCACCGAUGCCUCGAGGACAAAGUUGCAGGACGAAAUUGACGAAUUUUCUGAUUCUUAUUAUUGGGAUUUAGACCUUGAAGGUAUCAAACAGGUCUUAAACAACGCCAGGCUAUCUGAUGAAACAAAAGCCAUUGACUACUACAAGAAAAAGUUUUGUCCAGAGAAGAGAUGGUCCGUUUUCUUUGGCUGCGGCAUUUACUUCCACCCUUUCAGUCAAUCAUUGAGAACUGAAGAGGAAGCUCUGUUGGGUCUUACGGCAAGGAGGUUGGCACUUGAGGUCUUAAUGGGCGGUGGAGAAAUUAGCAACAGUCUUGCUCAUGCAACACAUAUUGUAGUCCUUGGUUCAUCAGAAGACCAUGUGGAUUUUGAUUCUCUUAUGAAAAGUGUUGAUGAAAUGGAGAAACGCCUUCUUUUGAAGAAGGGUCUACAUGUUGUUAGCAUGCAGUGGCUGGAGGAAAGUUUGCAGAGAGAGCAAAAGUUGAUCGAGGACACAUACAGUCUGAGGCCUAGCAACAUGGUGGAGUCUGAAACAGAAGAAUCAGAUAAACCUGACCAGGAUGCAACAGAAGUGCCUUCUUGUGGCAGUGCACAGACUGGAGGACGAGGUUCCUCCAAAAGGGCCAUCACAAGGCCAAGAGAAAGGCCGGCUGCUCGAACAGCAAAGAGAGGAAGGUCUAUUCCCAAUCGAACACAGAGGGUGCAGACUCGCAGAAGCAAACAGCCUUCUAAGAUAGGUGGAGAUGAAACAGAGGAGAAUGAGUCUUCUGAAGAGUCAGAACCGUUACAGAGAAACACGAGAGGAAGAGGUUCUUCUAGAACCCGAAGAACACAAACACUCCGAAGAGGCAAGAAGCCUUCGAAGAUAGGCGGAGAUGAAUCCGGGGAAAAUGAUGCUUUCGGUGAAAAAACAAAGGAAGAGACUGCAAAGGAACAAACAAAAACAAGUGAUGAAACAGCCGACUCCCAAAAAGAAGAUCAAGAAUCAUUGCUCAUACGCCACAGUGCUGAAGGUGAGGCCUCACAAGAUGAGGGAAGUUAUAAGUCAGAGAUUGAGAUGAAAGAUGAUUUCGUCAAUGGCGAAAACAUAGAGGGAGGCAGCAAAAGAGAGAAGGUGGAAAUCAUUGUGGAUCCGGUCCAAGCCAUGUUAAUGAACAUGUUCCCGAGCCUUGCUCCGAAAAGUGCGGAGGAGACUUCAAGUCUGAUAACCGGAAAGCCUUCAACUUCUUCCACCAACGCGAACCCUUCGGACAGCAACCUCGGAACUGAAACGGAUGACAUGCCCCCGGUGAAGAAAAAGAAAGUCAGUUACAGAGAUGUCGCCGGAGAACUGCUUAAAGACUGGUGAGCUUUGCCAGGUAAAUGCUCCUUUUGCUUCUCAGUUUUCUAUUUUUUGUCUGUAAAUAAUUCCUAAUUAAAAAGCUUGUUGGGUUGUGACCUAAUUUGUUUGAGAAAAUUUUGUGUGUGUGUGUAUUGAAUGUCCUCGUACAGAAGACGAGGAUCGUAAAAAAUUUGAAUAGCUGAACGGAAAAAACGUAUAGAAAAUUAUUAUCGUUCGAUAUGGAAAUGUAUUUAUUUUCCA